CUCCAACCUCCACCUCUCCGGCUCGUCCCUCUUGGGACUGCCCACUACGGGACUACUACGUUUUAAAAUAUUUCAGAGACCUGAAGCAUGCGCUCUUGGUUUGUACAUCUUCACUGAGAAUCUUGAAUCUUUAGUACACUGCUGCUAUUAUCAAAAUGCCUUCCUGGACACAUUUGAUUCGCUUCAUUGCCGUGGAAGAUAGCCAAGAUCAUCUUGGUCAGCUGGUUGAUGCCACGCGAGAUGUUGGCCGAGACAUCAUCGAUGGCAGGCAGGUUGCAGCCUAUGUGAUCGAGGGCACCAUCUUCGAUGGCCGUGUCACUGAGGAGAUUUUGCAUGUGCAGCAGUUGCUUUCCCCUGUCUCUCGAGAAGAAUGCAACUACAUCCGCUGUUUAGGUCUCAAUUACAUCGACCAUGCACAGGAAGCCAAUCUCCCACUUCCUAAAGCUCCUAUCCUUUUCACGAAACCGCGCACCGCCUUAAGCGGCCCUUACCCAGCCGCCGUCAACGUUCCAAAAUGUGCUCAGGACGGCACCAGCGACUACGAGGCAGAGCUCUGCCUUAUCAUCGGCAAGUCCGGCAGGGAUAUCUCCGAAGCGGACGCAUUGGACUAUGUGCUCGGGUACACAGCAUCAAACGACGUGUCAGCACGGACGCUGCAGCUUCUCACUACGCAGUGGUCCUUUUCCAAGGGGCUCGACGGAAGCUGUCCCAUCGGACCUGUUCUUGUGGCCCCCUCGGUCAUCUCCGAUCCCCAGACACUUGGCAUCCAAGCAAUCCACAACGGCAAUGUAGUUCAGGAUGGACAUACAAAGGAUAUGAUUUUUAACAUCCGGAAACAGAUCUCCUACUUGUCCCAGGGAACUACUCUGGAGGCUGGAACUAUCUUCCUGACUGGUACACCGGCAGGAAUCGGUUACUUCAGACAGCCCCGGGUGGUCCUCGGUGAUGGCGACGAGAUCUCGGUUAAGAUUGACAAGAUUGGAACCUUGAUCAAUAAGGUCAGAUAUGAAAAACGGUGAUUGGAUUGGUAAAUUGGCAGAUUCUCAUUGAUGGGAACAAGCAAGCGCAGUAUUCCUGAUAGUGCAAAUUUUGAAAGUAUGAUAGAAAGAUAUCUUUAUUCU